GCCAGACUGAAUGGUUCUGCGGGCCUGCAUCGGCCCGCGGGCCGGACGUUCCCCACCCCUGCUCUGCGGCGUGCUCCCCUCACCUGGCUCCUCCCGGUCUCUGGGGGGGCCCUCCGCCGGGAAGGCCACCUUCGGGGAGCUCGCGGGCAGGGGCGCCCGCAGCCAGGGCCGAGCGGACCUUGCUGGGCAGGAGGACUUUGAGGAACGCACCCAGCUGCAGCACCUGCUCCGUGGGGCACGCCUCGGGCUGAAGCCGCUGGUGGCACAGCUGGUGGAGCUGUGCGAGGGCCUCGGGGGUGAAGUUCCGGAGCAGGUGGGAGACGUCCAGGUCGGCCGGGGUCCUCCUGCAGGUGGUCUCGCGUUCCUCCGGCCGGAGCCCCUUCUCCGGAGGCAACAUCUUCCCAUGUCUACGCGGGGAAACGUGGCCGUGCCAGCCAGGGGCAGGGCAGCGUUGUCGAGGGCAGGUUCAUGUAACCAUGGCUCCAGGGAAGACACAAAGCAAGCAACAGGAUCCUGUGAGAUCUCGGCCGGCCGGAGUCCCCACCUCAGCCCCGAGUCGUUCUUCGCUGCCGGACCGCGGCCGGUAGAGCGCGGCUUGCCCACCUCGGACUACAACUCCCAGAAUGCAACGCGCCUCCUCCGGAGCUAGCCAACCAGCGCGGAGCUAGCCUCCUGCGCCUCACCAAUCCCUGCGCGCCUGCG